CCCACAGGAGCGGAGGCGGGCGGCGGCGGCGGUCAGUGCGCGUCCCGCCGACCUCGCAGCUGCCCCGGCCCGGCGUGUCGCUCCGCCGCGGCGGCGGCGGCAGAGGAGCGGAGGCCGCGCCAUGUCGUGGCUCAGCCCGCAGGAGGAGAACUUGCAGGGUUCCUGGGUGGAACUCCACUUCAGCAGUAAUGGCAAUGGCAGUGGAAACACUGUCACUCCAACGAGCCAAGAACAAGUACCAGCCUCUAUUUCCAUUCACAAUGGUGACAUGGAGAAAAUACUCCUUGAUGCUCAACACGAAUCUGGAAGAAGCAGUUCAAGAGAAAGUUCACAUUGCGACAGCCCUCCUCGUUCCCAGACACCUCAGGACAGUCACAGAGCUUUGGAAAUAGAGAGUCACAGCAGUGGAGAAAAGAAUAGCUUUCAGUCUGAAGAAGAUUUUCUUGAAAGGAAGAAAGAAGUAGAAAGGUUCCUGAAGAAGAAUAUAGAUCGGAUAUGGGAUUGGUCCAGCAGGCCUGAGAACAUCCCACCAAAGGAAUUCCUUUUUAAACAUCCCAGGCGCACAGCUACUCUCAGCAUGAGAAAUACCAGUGUAAUGAAGAAAGGGGGGAUAUUCUCAGCAGAAUUUUUGAAGGUUUUUCUUCCAUCUCUGCUGCUUUCUCAUUUGCUUGCCAUUGGACUAGGGAUUUACAUUGGAAGACGCCUUACGACCACAGCUUCAAGUAGUACGUUUUAAAGGCACUUGACAUCUAGUUUCAGAGCAAAGAAAAUACUCAUCUGGGAAUACAGGAGGUGAACAGCAGAAACAUCUGAGCUAGCGAUGACUACCUGAUCAGUGUGUACUUGUUCUGUAAAUGUGUUCAUGUUUAGUAAGAAUGGGAAAAGAGACACUAAAGCUAAUGUAUCAUAUAUAGUCUUCUGGAUCAAUUCAUAGAGCUUUUUUCAGAUGCAUUAACAUCUGUUAUAUUGCUUUGUAGUGAAGUAUCUUUGAAAAUUAAAAGAACUUGAUGUUUAAAAACAAUCCUAGCUUUAAUAUAGCAAUCUGAUUCAGCUAGGUAUUCAUCUAAACUGCUGCUUUGUUGUACUUCAUGGAUGCGAAUAUUUGUCACUGCUGCUGUAAUCGUGACAAUAAGGGAUUAGCCCAAAACAAUGUGUGGCCUUAUGUACUAUAUAUGGGAAUUUGGAGAAGCUUUUACCUUGCUUGAGGCAGUUUCUUCCUUACGUAGAUUUUACUUAGUGUGCUCUCACAUUUGUGUGAGAUGUGAAGUGUUGAGAGACACAGUCAGCUGGAAGGAAUUAGCAUGAGUGAAACUUCCAUCAGUUUUUACUAGUUCGGAGUGUGAUGCACAACAGCCUGAAUUAAAAUUUGGACUUUAGUGCCUAAUACAUAGCUUCUUUUGCAAAGAUGUUUAUUUAACUCCCCAAUUAAUAGAAGUUCCUUCUGUUGUAUCUACUUGCAGGCUACUGCUUCUCAGUCUUUUUAUCUGUAAAAUAAUAAAUUUGUCUUAUUUGCCUCAUCCUUGUAUAGAUUUUAAAAAAGGGUUGCUUGCUUAUUUGUUUUUACUAAUAGAAUGCCUUUUCAUUCAGUGAUUGUACCUUAUUUAAUGAGAAGAAAAUGAAUGUUUGCCAAAAUAUGUUUUAUAUAUUUAAAUAAAAAGGUUCCUUGU